AUGCUUCAGCGAGAGUUCUCUCACGAUUGUCGAUCAGUAGAACCUGGCCCAGGAGCACCGAAAUAUUCCUCCAGUCUAGCUUUCAUCUUUCAAUGUGCAACCACUGGUCUUGUUGGAACAUCACCCGAGACCAUUUCUAGCAUUAAUCCCGAUAUAGACAAGGAGCAGAUCUUUCUUGCUCUACAUAGGGCUCUUUUAGUGACCGUGAACGAUAUUCCUGAGCUUGCAUGCUGUGUGCAGAAGCGCGUCGAUAGCAGCCGUGAAGAGGUUGAGCUUGUCUUUGAUUCUGCCAGGGGCGUUGAGAUUUACUACAAAGACUACAAUUCUGCUCAGCUGUGCGGUCUAUGGACUUACGGCAAUUUUGACCAGCUUGAAGAGGAACAUUUCCCACAUAGCAAGAUACUCAGGAGCCUUGUUUUUGGACCUUCAUCUAAGUUGAAAGACAAUGUGAAACUUCCUUCUCUUAUUGUGCAAGCCAGCUUUAUCCCUGGGGGUCUCAUUAUUGGCAGUCAGUUGCAUCAUGUUGCUGGAGAUGGUAAAUGCAACUUCAUGCUUUGGUCCACAAUAGGGUCUCAUUUUGCCGCCGCAACUUGUCAACCAUCAAGCCAAACAAGAUCACCUGUUCAAUUAUUGGACAGACACGACAUCGUCAAGGGUGACCUUAACACAACUCUGGAGGAAUUUCCCCACUGGAAACUGGCAGAGGACAACGACAAAUUUCUCAAUCCUACGGAAUACGGUUCAGAUGAAGUGUUUGAGAGUGCCAUUUAUUUUAUACCAGCUGAUAAGAUUGCACUACUCAAAACCUGCAUCCUGAGUAGUGUGCCUUCUACUACCAAGGCUGGAACCGUCACUGCAUUAUGCGCGUUCCUAUGGCGUCAUGUAGUUCUGGCAAGAGGCAUUGACUGUCGAAAGUAUCCCGACGCAAAGCUAGCUAUUACAGUGGAUGCGAGAAGCCGUAUGGAAAGCCCAGUGAUACCGUCCACAUACUGGGGUAACUUUGCAGAGCCAAACGCAGUGGCUCAGCUAUCUGUAGCUAGUCUGCAAGAAGGCUCUGUUCUAUCAUCAUCACCGUCACGGAAUUGCAAGAGUACAAUCUACGCUCAGGCCGCACUAAAUGUACAGAGGGCGAUAGCUGCAGUGGAUGACAAGGCAACAAAUGCGAAGCAAGGGCUUCACCACAAAAACUUUCAAAGCCUUGCCACAGCGGCAAAGAAUGGGUGCAGAAUCUGUCUCUACUUACGCAGUACCCUCUUCUCUGAGGAGUUGGAGUCUAUAGAAUAUGAGGUCAGGUGGGACGACGCAUGGGAGUUUCAUUGGAAAAUUGAAUUCUACGAUGCUGUCAGUGGGCCAUCAAUCAAUCUUGACAAAUCCCCGAGUUACUGGAACUGGUUCGUGUUUGUCGAUGUGUUUUCUUUACGAAAACCUCCAGCCGGUUAUGAGGACUUUCUCGCCCUUGUCGCUGCAGAUCAAAUCUCGGAGCCCACGCGAGUCCGAAUGAAAUUUUCGCCGUUGCGGGAAAUUCCUGAUAACACCGGCCACCAGGAUGUUGCACUUCUGGCUAAGAAGUGGCUUCAGACCUGCAAAGAUCAUCACGAUUGCGGAUCUGCUUCGGAGGACGGCUGGUAUCCUAAGCGGCUCAUUCAUGUUGGCGAUGAACAACAGUCCCCAAGACUGAUCGUUUCCGAGAAUGAGAGACCAGAAGGCUGUUAUGCGGCAUUGAGUCAUUGUUGGGGAGAAGACCCAGAGUUCCUCAUGUUAACGUCCGACAAUUUAUCUGACUUCUGCAUUGAGAUUCAGCUACAGAACCUUCCAGCCAGUUUCAGAGAUGCAGUAAUGACCUGUCGUCGAAUUGGCAUUCCAUAUAUCUGGAUCGACUCACUUUGCAUCCUACAGUCUGGUCUUGGUUCUCAUGAAGAUUGGCUCUCGCACUCAGAGGAUAUGCAUCUAGUUUAUAGCAACUGCGCCUUGAAUAUCUCCAUCGAUGUGUCCGAGAACCCCCACGGAGGUGCUUUUAGGUCGAGGAAUCCCAUGUAUCUACAAGACUGCUAUGUCUGGACUCCGUUUCGCACGCCGCCAGAACCUUCGCGCGAAAGCGAGCACGAAAUAGAUGAUAGCAAAGAAAGACCGUAUUUCCUGGGAGUGCGAUGGAAGCCGCAAGACAAGCUCGUUGCUUUCGCCGCCGUCGCCCGACACUGUAUUCCAUGGUUUGGUAGCGACUACUGUGCCGGAAUCUUUCGCAGCACCAUGCCGCAAGGUCUUCUUUGGGAGAUGGCUCCCCUUGGACGAUUAGGAAGGUCGAAGGUUUACCGCGCGCCGUCUUGGAGUUGGGCCAGCUUGGAUUGCCGUGUGAAGUUUGAUAUCUUAGACAGUGAAGGAACUGUUCUGGCCGUUGUAGACGAUGUUACGGUGGAAUCGGUUGACCCAAACAAUCGAUUCGGUCAAGUAAAGUCUGCUUCUUUAACAUUGCCAGGACCUCUGGUAGCAUCUGAUUCACUCGUCCUCAAGGACACCAACGACGAAGAGUUCGUGGCCGAAGGUAGAUUUGGUCGUGAAAGCUACCAAGACAUACAAACUAUACUCGGGCACAGUUUCGGUAUCACCGCCGAUACUGUGGCCUUUUGGCAGGAUGGUGAAAGGAAGGGUUGGCUGAUCUCCCAAAAGAACAUGUAUCUCCUUGCUGUCUUGGAGAUAUCGAAGGAGCCUCACACGCAUGGUCUUUUGGUGCAGAAGAAUGAUGAUGGGACCUUCACCAGAGCUGGAAGCUGGGAGGCAGGGCCAGGUUUGAACAUGGAUAUCUUGGUGAGCUCGGGCUAUGGCAUUACAGGGGUGACAUACCGGGCUGCUUGUUUGACAUACUACUGA